AAUCGUCGAUUGCUACGCCAAUGCAGUGGUCAAGUUCGCCUCUAACGGAUCGCGACCAAGCGAUUAGUGGAAACAGAUACAAAUAAAUUAAAAAGAUUUAGUCAAAAGUCGUUGCGGUCGAUACACUCGGUAUAGAAGGCUGUUCCAAUAGAACGUGAACGGUUCGCGCGAUCAGUGAAAAUUGGACAGUUUGUUCGAAUUGUGCCACUGUGUUGAUGGUGGAUUUUUAGUUACCUUUGAUGUGAAAACUCCAGUCUCGAGUCUCGUAAAACUUAAACAACUGAAUUAUAACUCAUUAACCGAUGAGUUAUAACUCAUUAACUCAGAGAGAGAGCGGCAACAACUUAAUAGCGCAACUCAACACAGUGUUACCCAGGCGUAGGUCCAACCUACAAGAACCUGACCGAACACACCCAGUAAAUGCACUCGAAAAACCAUUAGCAAUCGACUAGAAGCCCGCGAUUAAAGGCGCCCCUGAAAUUCCUUUCCAGUCAAGAUAAGAACAGACAUUCAGUGAAUAAUCAACGAACACACUUUAAAAUAUCAACACUAAAGGCUGCAGAAGCCUGAAGAUGAUCCUGAGAAUAAUCCCCAUUUUGGCGCUUUUGCUGGGGCUCUGCCCCCUGCAUCCCUGGGCUAAGGACGCCAGUAUAGAAGAAGAAGAGUACGAGGCAAGAAACUUCCUCAUCCUGCUAAACAGACAAACGGAACGGGACGCCAAUAGGGCUUCGCUAGCCGAAUGGGCCUACGCCUCAAACCUAACGGAAGAAAACCUGAAUAACAAGCUUGCGGUGUCUUCAGAGGUGGCCAGAAAUGUAAAGGAGGCCUGGCAGCGGGUGAUCCAGUUCAACUGGCAGCGGUUUUCGGAUUACAGUCUGCGGCGCCAGUUCCAGAAGUAUUCGGUGCUGGGCGUGGCCGCUUUGCCCGAAGAAAAGUUCAAACAGCUGGAAACCAUCAUCAGCGACAUGCAGGCCAUAUACUCCAAGGCGAAAAUCUGCCCUAUCGGUCAGAAGCCUGAAGAUGGAGCCGAAUGCACUCUCAGCCUGGAACCGGAGCUGACACAGAUUCUGAGCACAUCAAGAGAUCCAGAGGAACUGAAGCACGUGUGGCUGGGCUGGCGGAAUGCAGUGGGAGCGAAGUGCCGCGGCUUAUACAAGCAAUAUGUGGAUCUUUCGAACGACGCGGCAAAACUUAACAACUUCACAGACACCUCCGAGUAUUGGCUGAAUGACUAUGAAGAUGCGAACUUCAAGGCUUCAGUGCAGAGCCUCUGGAAACAGUUGCAGCCGCUCUAUUUGCAAAUUCACGCCUACGUCCGCACGAAAUUGAGGCAAAAGUAUGGGGAUAUUGUGAGUGAACGGGGGCCGAUUCCCGUUCAUUUACUUGGAAACAUGUGGGGCCAGAGCUGGAACAACAUCGGCGAUCUGAUGCUGCCCUAUCCGGAUGUAAAGAAGGACAAUCUGACCGCCGAGCUUCUGAAGCAGAAUUACUCAGUCACGAAGAUCUUCCGGACAGCGGAGGCUUUCUUCAAGUCGAUCAACCUCACCGCGAUGCCCGAGAGUUUUUGGACGAACUCCAUCCUGGAAAAGCCUUCGGAUAGGGACAUUGUGUGCCAUGCGUCCGCUUGGGACUUUCAAGACGGCAAAGACUUCAGAAUCAAACAAUGCACCGAAGUAACGGAUGAGCAACUAAUCACCGCCCACCAUGAGAUGGGCCACGUGGAGUAUUUCCUGCAGUACAAAGAGCAGCCGCUGAAGUUCAGAGAGGGCGCAAACGACGGGUUCCAUGAGGCCAUCGGGGACUUGGUGGCGCUUUCCGUGCAGAGCACCAAACAUCUGAAGAAAAUCGGACUGUUGCCCGACACACCCGAGGAUCCGCGGCAGGUCCUCAACAAUCUCUUCAAUCUGGGACUGAGCAAGAUCACCUUCCUGCCCUUCGGGUACUUGAUGGAUCUGUGGAGGUGGGACGUAUUCUCGGGCAAAACCGCCCCCGAGGACUACAACUGCAAGUGGUGGGAGUUGCGGGAGAAGUACCAGGGAGUGGAACCGCCGCUGGAUAGGAGCGAGGAGGACUUUGAUCCGGGCGCCAAGUACCACAUUAUCAGCGAUGUUCCCUACUUGAGGUAUUUUAUCAGCUUUGUCAUCCAGUAUCAGUUCCACAGGGCGUUGUGCGAAAAAGCCGGCCAAUACGAUCCGAAUAACGCGGAAAAACCGUUGCAUCAGUGCGACAUUUAUCAAAGCACCACCGCAGGCAAUGUGCUAAAGCAAAUGCUGGCCAUGGGAUCGUCCAGGCCUUGGCCGGAGGCGCUUGAAGUGAUCACCGGACAGCGCACGAUGGACGGCACUGGAAUUCUGGACUUUUUCAAGCCUCUGCACAAGUGGCUGGAGACGGAGAACCAGAAAAACAACGCCACUAUCGGGUGGGAACCGUCGAAAAGAGUUUGUACUAGGACGCGGCAGGAGUUAGUGGGAAGCAGCACCGCAAGUGGGCCAGUACCGGAACCCUCCGCCAGCAUUGCAACUCUUUAAUUUAGGCCUUAGUUACUUGGUUCACCCUGUACUUAUUUUUUAGAAUAUUAUAUUGUGUAGUGUAUUGUGUGUUGAAA